AUGGCAGUGCUUUGGAUGGAGUCGUGGUGGGAGGUGCUGCUAACCACUGCUGUCAUCCUCUCGACAGCACUCACAUUCGUUCUGGUCACAUUGCCUUCUAGAUACAGUUCAUUCGACCACCUUGAAAAAGCCACCGGAGACGUCAGCAAGGAUGCAAACUCGCGCGCGGAGUCCGCUGUCACAGUCCAAGUCGUCGUAUUGGGAGACAUCGGAAGAAGCCCACGAAUGCAAUACCACGCCCUCAGCAUUGCCAACCACGGCGGCAAAGUCAACCUGAUCGGCUUUGUGGAGUCUGAAGUCCAUCCUGACGUGCAGGCCAGCCGCUCUAUCAAAGUCAAACCGCUCCAUCCAUUUUCCAAACGAUGGCAGACGAACAACAAGGCACUCUUCCUCCUGAUCGCGCCGCUCAAAGUGCUCUGGCAGGUCUGGACUUUAUACCAGGCUUUGGGCUACCGCACCAGGCCGAGCAAGUGGAUGCUGGUGCAGAAUCCGCCGUCAAUCCCUACGCUUGCGGUCGCGCAACUCAUUUGUUUUCUCCGCAACACCAGGCUUAUCAUCGACUGGCACAAUUUCGGAUACUCUCUAUUGGCACUACGAUUGGGACCUCAACAUCCGCUGGUGAGAGUGUCGGAAUGGUAUGAGGGUUUCUUCGCUCAACGGGCUACUGCACACUUCGCUGUCACGGACGCUAUGACCAAAUUAUUGAAGCAGAAAUGGGACGUUGAUGCAUCUCCCUUGCAUGACCGGCCAGCAGAGCAGUUCCAGCCGUUGACUACACAGCAACGGACAAGCUUCUUGAGUAAGCUUGCGGAGACAGCCCAAUACGCAGACGGGCUUGAGACAGGAAAGUGGAAGUUGCUGGUAAGCUCUACCUCAUGGACAGCAGAUGAAGACUUCGCUCUGCUCCUUGAUGCUCUCGUCGGCUACUCGGCCGCAGUCGCAGAGGACAGCAAUCUACCGCGCGCUCUGGUGAUCAUCACUGGGAAAGGCCCUCUCAAGGAGUACUACCUAAAACGUAUCCGAGAGCUCAAUCAAGAAAACAAGUUGUCCAGUGUCGUCGUCACGACUGCCUGGCUCAGCACCGAAGACUACGCCUCCCUGCUCGGCUCAGCAGAUGUGGGCAUAAGCCUCCACACUUCUUCGUCUGGCGUGGACUUGCCUAUGAAGGUUGUUGAUAUGCUUGGCACAGGCCUACCGGUACUAGGCUGGAGCAAGUUUGAGGCCUGGCCGGAGCUCAUCCAUGAAGGAGACAAUGGCUGCGGCUUCGAGAGCGCAGAGGGUAUGACAAUCCUUCUGAAGGAUUUGUUCGGCGAUGGUGGACAGCGACUACAGCGUUUAAGACAAGGUGCUCUGAAGGACUGCGAAAGACGUUGGGACGACGAGUGGAUGCCCGUGGCUGGACAGCUCCUACAGCUUAAACCUUGA